AUGGCUGCAAACGCCAAGCGGCGAGUAUUGAUGGCAAUCAAGCCCGGCCCUGGCAAGAACUUCCAUUCACAGUGUGUUGAUGAAGAGUCUAGCCUCGACCUCCUUUCUUCCGGAGCCACCAGAUCUGCUUCCUCCGGAGCCCUCACCACCACCGAACCCCCGUAUCCUCCCGAUCCUUCACCGGAUACAUCUCCACUGAAAAUAUCGUUUCCCGAAGUUGCUCCGUCUCCUCUUCCACAAGGCGGAACUACUAAUGGCUCCGAAGCUCCUCUUAGUGGUGGUAUUAUAGGAGUUGCUCCGUCUCCUUUUCCGCAAGGCGGAAUCACUAAUGGCUCCGAAGCUCCUCUUAGUGGUGGUAUUAUAGGAGUUGCUACAUCUCCUAUUAGUGGUGGCAUUAUAGAAUUCGCUCUGUCUCCUAUCUCAGAAGGCGGAACAACUAAUGGUACCGAAGCUCCACUUAUUGGUGGCAUUAUAGGAAUUGCUCCUGCACCUGAAGGCGGAGAAGCUCCUGCCACUAACGAUAGUGGAGCUCCUAUUGUUAUUAUUGUCCCUCCUGCCCCGGAAACAGAAGUACCUUUGACUACUAACAACUUUGAAACAGAACUUAUCAUCAAUGCGAAAGGAAGUGAAAAUGGUAACCAUGAUGGGAUUGGGAGCGAUGAGGAGCCUCGUGAAAAGCUAAACAUAUAA